CACACAGACACAGAUCUCGACGGAAACUGCGCCUCCUCGGCUGUUAUCUAUUUGUUUCCUUCCAUGGGACAAAACAAGACUUCCUCUCUGCCAGAGAUCAUGGGAGGCUGUUGACAUCCACUACCAAAUAUAUCAAUACAUUAGAGUAGCCUGAACACACCGGUUGGUGCUCAGUGACAGCUCCGAACAUGGCCGCCCAUCGAAUCAGAGCCACCACCACCAACAACACCUCCCUCCCACGCUGCAAGUCCGAGGGGACGCUCAUCGAUCUCAGUGAAGGAGUGUCAGAAGCCAGUCUCAGUGAUGUCAAAGUGCCUUCUCCCAGUGCCUUACGACUGGAUGCUACUGCCUCCUUCGGCGCCGCCAGGGAGGUCGUCGCCAUAAAGGACUACUGCCCAUCCAGCUUCACCACCCUGAAGUUCUCCAAAGGGGACCGCCUCUACGUUCUGGACUCGUCAGGAGGAGAGUGGUGGUACGCCCACAACAACACGGAGAUGGGUUACAUCCCCGCAGCUUACGUGGAGCCCAUCAACUUCAGAGACUCGUCCUUCAGCGACAGUGGGAUGAUCGACACUGUGGGAGACUGUAACGAAGAGGCGGCCAAAGAAAUGGACCUUCUAGGAGAGUGGGCAGGGGUGAUUCUGAAACCAUCCAUCUUCCAGAAUGGAAAUCCUUUUUCAACAACCCAUACCUCUACAAACCCUUUCCUAAACAAGGGUCCUCAGAGCUCGCUUGAUCAGAACAGUAAUGAGAAAUCAGUUGACCUCCUUCUGUUUGAUACGCUCACUUCAUCGGUGUCCAACUCCACCAGCAGCACUGCCGUCAAUGGUUUUGGCAGUGGUGUUUUUAACCCUCUUAGUCCCACUGUAGGGGUGGGGCAAACGCUGCGCAGGGACAACCCCUUUUUUAGAAGCAAACGGUCCUACAGUCUGUCUGAGCUGUCCAUCCUGCAGGCUCAAUCCGACGCCCCUCAGGAAUCCUCUGGUUUCUUCGGGGCCCUGAAAGCACCGGCGCCAGAGCAGUUCCAGAGCAGGGAGGACUUCCGAACAGCGUGGCUCUCCCACCGCAAGCUAGCCAGGUCCUGCCAUGACUUGGACUCGCUGGGUCAGAGCCCAGGCUGGGGUCAAACGCAGCCGGUGGAGACCAACAUCGUCUGUCGGCUGGACAGCUCAGGAGGGGCUGUCCAGCUGCCGGACUCCAACAUCAGUAUUCACAUACCCGAAGGCCACGUGGCCCCGGGGGACACCCAGCAGAUCUCGAUCAAAGCUCUGCUGGACCCCCCGCUAGAGCUGAACAACGACCGCUGCACCACCGUCAGCCCUGUGGUGGAGAUCAAACUCAGCAACAUGGAGACCAAAACCAUGCUAACCCUGGACAUGAAAGUGUCCGUCGUGGUGAAAAUGGAGAGCAGGGAGAUGACAGAAGUCUUGUGUGUCAGGAGCGAUUGCAAAGAGGGACCUUACACCCCCAUUCCUCAGGCGUACAUGUAUGGGGACACGGUCCAGGUGUGCCUGGAUAACCUGGAGCCGUGCAUGUAUGUGUGUGUUGUGGCUCAGUCCCGGUCCCUACCUCCAGACUCCACAGUUUGGGAGCAUGUGGUUAAAAAGAUCACCUUAGGAGUGUAUGGUCCUAAACACAUUCACCCGUCCUUCAAGACAGUCGUGGCUAUGUUUGGUCACGACUGUGCCCCAAAGACAUUAUUGGUGAGUGAGGUAGGCAAACAGGCACAGUCUGCUGCUCCAUCAGUAGUGCUGCAGCUCUGGGGUAAACACCAGUUUGUGCUGUCCAAACCCCAGGACCUCCGCGUUGGAGUUUACUCCAACAUGGCCAACUAUGAGGUAAAGGCUGGUGACCAGGCCAGAGUGGUCCGGGGCUUCCAGGUUAAACUAGGCAAAGUCAGCAGGCUUGUCUACAUCAUUGCGUCGCGCAACACCGAUGAUGUUUCUGAUUUCACCUUAAGGAUCCAGAUCAAAGACGACCAAGAUUGUAUACUGGCUCAGUUUUGUGUCCAGACACCAACACCGCCACCCAAAGCAGGCCCUAAGACAUCGGUGCAAAGGCGCUUCCUGAAAAAGAAGGAAGUGGGCAAGAUAGUCUUGUCUCCUCUCGCCAUCGCCACCAAGUACCCUGUUUUUCAGGACCGGAGAAUAAAUAACCUGAAGUUUGGGAAAUUAAUCAAAACUGUCAUUCGGCAGACGAAAAAUCAGUACUUGCUCGAGUACAAAAAAGGAGACUUUGUAGCUCUGUUGAGCGAGGAGAGGAUCAGGCUGAAGGGUCAGCUGUGGACAAAGGAGUGGUACAUUGGAUAUUAUCAGGGCAAAAUGGGAUUUGUUCAUGCAAAGAAUGUGCUGGUGGUUGGCAAGGUUAAGCCCAUUUACUUCAGCGGGCCCGACCUUACGACCUCAUUGUUACUGGAGCAGAUACUGAAGCCCUGCAAAUUCCUCACUUACAUCUACGCCUCGGUAAGAACUAUACUGAUGGAGAACAUCGGCAACUGGCGGGCGUUCGCUGACGCCCUCGGAUACGGAAACCUGCCCUUGACCCAUUUCUGCCGUGCAGAGCAGGACAGCGAACCUGAGAGGGUCGCGUCUGUGCUGGAGAGGCUGAAGGAGGACUGCAACAAUACAGAGAGCAAAGAGCGAAAGUCCUUCCAGAAAGAACUACUGACGGCUCUGUUGAAGAUGGACUGUCAGGGUCUGGUGGCCAGACUGGUCAUGGACUUUGUCCUCCUGACCACGGCCGUGGAGGUGGCAGGACGCUGGAGGGAGCUCGCCGAGAGGCUUGUCAAGGUUUCACGACAGCAGAUGGAUGCUUAUGAGGCGCCACAUCGCGACAAGAACGGGGUGGUGGACAGCGAGGCCAUGUGGAAGCCGGCGUAUGACUUCCUGGUCACAUGGGCGGCUCAGAUCGGUGACAGCUACAGAGACGUGAUCCAGGAGCUGCACAUGGGUUUAGACAAGAUGAAGAACCCCAUCACUAAACGCUGGAAGCACCUGACCGGCACGCUCAUCCUCGUCAACUGCCUGGACGCCCUGCGGAGCUCCGCCUUCAGCCCCGUUGUUCAGGACGACUACGCCAUCUGAACUCUCACCCUUCAUGACUCCAUCACGUUAAUCCUGCCGGUGUUUGCCCCUCGCACCAGCUCACCUCGUAAAAGUUACACAGUUUGAAACGUUGCAUAUCAGCUGUCUCGCUCACUCUGAAUGCCACUACUGCUGUCGUUUGUUGUUUUGUUACUGCGGCGCUGCCUUCAGCUCCUCGUGCCCAAGGGAACGUCGUCAGACCCCCCCCACCUCCCACGUCUCUGCUGCCGGCCAAUCAACAAAGUGCUGUAUGGAGCUUGCAGUAUUCACAAAGACUCUUUUAAUAGUUCCUGUCUUGCAUAGUUAUGUAUUUUUGUACUCUUAUUAUGGCACAGCAUUUUUUUAAAGCAACACUUUUAACCCUUUGGUUAAGAACUGUGGAUUGAAUGCCAAGAAAAAGUCACUUUUCAAGAAAAAAAAGACACUUUUAGAUAUCGUAUCCUUGUUACCGUAGCCUUGUCACGUGUCAAAUCUGUUCUAUUUAUUUUGUCACUUUUUUUUCUCUACUUCACGUUCUCUCUCUCUGUGGUCCUGCUCAUUUCAGAGAUCAAAAUAUUUGUCUGUCAGUUGCAAAAAACUGACAGGCAGAAUAAUUUAUUAAUCUUGCACACCAAUUUUGAAUCAAGCUCUCCACUACUGCCUAAACAUUAAGUCAACUAAUUGAAUGGUUUAACAGUCUAUAUAUUGAUAGCAUUUAAAGCAUUUUCUGGUUCUAACUUCUCAGAUGUGAGUAUUAGCUGUUCAUUUAAUUAAUUAACUGUACGUAAUUGGAAAAUUACAAUGGAUAUUCUUAACUGUUUUCUGACUAAACAGUUUUUGUAUGAAGCUUGACAGUUCAUCCUCGACUUUGGAAACAUCCAUUGUCCAAACAAACUCAUCUCGAAGUCCACUUACUCACUUCCUCUGGUGCUUCUGACCUCAUCUCAUGGUCUUCAUCAGCAGAUUCAGUUUGCUCAAGUGAGCAAGUAGACUGUGAGUUGAGUUUUUUUUCAAUAAAAGAACAACAUAUUGAUUGUUUUUUUAGAUUAAAAUUCAGCCUGAGCUCCCAUAUAACAAUGAAACUGUAGCCACUCAUUUCUCAACUCUUUGUCUCAUUGCUGUAUUUCUUUUGUCCCCUUGGAAGUUAUUGUUACCAAAGCUUGCCAAAAAUGAAUACAGCUCCACACACAGAUGUCCUUGUACAAUGUUCAGACCACUGUUGUGACGACACUGUCUGUCAAAGCUUCUGGUUAGGUUUUGUCUCAGUGCUGCAUACUGUAUCAUGUGGUGAGUUUGAAAACCUUUUUUGUGACUGCAUACUUUUGUGGAGAAGACUUAAUAAAAAUGUAAAUAUUU